AUGGCCAUCAGCGCUUUGUGGGGAGCUGGGGCAUGUGUUACCCUGCUGGUCAAAUGCCGCCCUGACACACUGUUGACGCUUGAGAAUGCCUUAUUCUGCCCCAACCAGAAAGCUCGAUGGCUGGCCAUCACAGCCCUUGAUAUGCUUACCGAAAUCCUCGGCUGGCUUCUUGUGGUGAAGCUCUGCUGGGCCGUUAAUAUGUCGUUCGAACGGAAGUGUCAGGUGGUGCUGGCCUUCACAUUCCGCCUCCCACUUAUUGCACUUUCGGCCUUUCAUCUGUCAUAUUUUGACAAAUAUUUGGAGUCGGAUGAGCCCCAGUUCGCAGUUAACAGUAGUCUGUUAUUCCAACAGACGAUGAUCCUAUGGUCACUAAUCUCGGCGACGGUUCCUAACCUGAAGAACUUCAUGAAAUCUUUCUCCAUUGGGAUGGGCCUUCCGGUGGCUUUUGACAUUAGCGGCUACGGAUCUAGCAACUUAUACGCCAUGCGGCCAUUGAAGAGCAAAUCUCAAGCCACGUCAUCAGCCGUCGGGGGCAUCACCGCCACGUCGUCAGGGUUGAUGAGAGACGACGUGGACACAGAGCACCGCGCCCGACCUCAGGCUUGGAGGCCCGAUCAACUGGCUCAACGAACUACGGUCAUUAACCACACUGAUGGUAGGCCCGACGAGGAGGAACGAAGCUCGAGGAAUGGCAGUCAAGAGUUGAUCAUCAACAAGGAAGUGGUCUGGAGGGUCGAAUAUGAUACCCAACGUGCAUAG